CUUUGCUUUGACGUCUUGUGACUGAACACUGUUUCAACUCGUCUUCAGUGAGCAAGGAAACGAUGGGAAGGGAAUGCCUGUUUUUUUAAGGUCCACGUUGUUGUCAUAUGAGAUCUGAGUGCGACGCCCCCCUCAUUCUUACGAUAUUGAUAGUGGACAUGAAGCACCGUCAGUCGCGUGAACUUAUUUUCAGUCACCUCUAAGUUCUGAAUGAACGAGGAUUCAUCGGGCAGUCCAGCGUUAGUGCCAAAUGCCAGAGCUGGAAGCGCAGUGCUGGCACUGUUCAUGUUCAACGGGAGCGAAAGCUAAGAGCACCUCAGGCGUAACCUCGAUAGCCUCGGCGGCGGUAAUGAUGGCCGCGGUCUCAGCCCCCCUGAGCGGCAUCCGUGACACUCUGAGCCGCGUCCAGGCGACGCACUUGAUCAGGCAGGGCCUUGUGCUUUUCGCCGUCGGGGUCUUGUUGGCGCUGGUGCUGAAUUUGCUGCAGGUACAGAGGAACGUCACAUUAUUCCCGGAGGAGGCCAUGGCCAUCCUGUUCUCGUCAGCAUGGUGGGUUCCACUAUGCUGCGGCACAGCUGCUGCUGUAGUCGGUCUGCUGUAUCCAUGCAUCGACCGUCACCUGGGGGAGCCGCACAAAUUCAAGAGGGAGUGGGCAAGCGUCAUGCGCUGCAUCGCAGUGUUUGUGGGCAUCAACCACGCAAGUGCCAAACUAGACUUCGCCAACAACGUCCAGCUGUCUCUCACCCUGGCUGCCCUCUCACUGGGUCUCUGGUGGACUUUCGACAGAUCCCGGAGUGGCUUUGGUCUGGGCAUUACCAUCGCCUUCCUGGCAACACUUGUCACACAAGUGCUGGUCUACAACGGUGUCUACCAGUACACCUCGCCAGAUUUCUUGUACGUUCGCUCCUGGCUCCCUUGCAUCUUCUUCUCUGGAGGCGUCACCGUGGGAAACAUAGGGCGGCAGCUGGCUAUGACCAGUGCUGAGAAAUCCCACAACGACUGAGGAAAACGGUGUCUCUCAUCCCAGCGGGGAGCCGGGUGCUUGGGAAGAUACCUGUAUGUGCAGUUCCCCCCUGGAAGGAGAUUAUGGAUGAAGAUCCACGUUUUUUUCAUGUCGAGUUCCUCUUUUCUGGAGGCUUUUAAAGGACUGUGCCAAUUCCGGAGCAGACUGUCGGAACAUUAGCAUCUCCUUGUGGCCAAACCUCGUGUCUUUCUUUUUUUAAUUAUUUGAUCUCGGUCUAAGCCUGUCCUCAGUGUUUGCUCUCAUAUUAUGUAUAAGGACAGGGUUUUUUGUGAAUUAAUGUCAAACAAAGGAAUGGCGCUGCAAAACUUCUGAUUUUGAGCACAGAGCUGUCUGUCAAAAGGGAAAUUUUUAAGGGCGAAUCUGCUGUUGGGGUGUUAGUGCCCCCUACCUUAGUGCAUCCUGACAUACAGACUGCGCCCUGCCGCAGGUACGUGUUGAUGGCGGGCCACUCUUCUGAGCAAACCUAGGCCUGUGGCGGCAGGGCGAGUUUCCGAAACCGGACUGAGGUGUGAGGGCCAAUGGGGUAACUGCAUUGCCCCAGGUCCAACGGUAUAGGGUGCAUCUGCCCUUUAAUCUGCAGUCUGUGAUUGCCUUUGUAAUAUAACUGAGUGCUUUUGUCACUGUCGAAGUUUCAUAAAUUGUAAAUAACACAUUUAUGCAGAGCUUCCGCGUAUAAAAACAAGGAUGUAGUUUGUGUGUCGGGGCCUCAUUAACUGGGAUCGCCCUCCAUGUUGUACGAGUUCGUCUCUUCUGCAUCAUUUUGUAUAUCCCUGUGUCUCUCACUCAUUACAUGCAGGCUGGACGUAAACUGUGUCAAAACCUGGUCAGAAUAUCUUUGUCUUGCCCUGGAGGUAAAGGAUAGCUAGUAUUUUUUUGGUUCCUAGUUCGCUGCCCGAUAGUGUGUCUGACCCUCAUGUAUAUGGAUGACUAACAUCACUGGACGUCAUCUGUCUCGUGUCUGACGAUUCGUUCAGAGUCUGUAGCCAGUGAUGAGACUCGCCUCCUCUCUUAUAGAUGUUGGGAGAGCUGGGCGUCCCACUGCCCUCCAUCCACUGUUUCUCUGCAUCAUAGCUGGACUGCAGUGAUCUCUGGAGAGCCUGGUCCGAUACUCAAGCCUUUGAAUCUUAACUGAUUGGAUGGAGUAGCUUUAGGUAAUGUUACAGCUGUAACUGACAUAAAUUCAGGCCUCAACCGCAGGCGACAGCGAAAAGACUAAGUUUUUCUUAAAUCAGUAUGGUGUUUUUUCGUCCAGCUCUAAACUAUGUAUUCUUUCUAUUACCUUGAAUUCAAGGAACUGAAUAAAGAAAAAAAAACA